AUGGCGUCGCCGGCGGAGGCAGAUACACCCGAAGGGGCCCCUAGAGACGAUGGCUCGGGCGAUGGUCAGCCCAACAAAAAGCGCAGGACUGGCCCCAAUUCGCGUGGCGUGGCCAAUCUCACGCCUGAACAGCUUGCCCGCAAGCGCGCAAACGACCGCGAAGCUCAACGUGCCAUUCGAGAGCGCACCAAGAACCAGAUCGAUCGCCUCAAUCAGCGCAUCCGGGACCUGGAGAGCCAGCAGCCGUACCAUGACCUGCAAGUCGUCCUCCGCGAGAAAGAGGCGGUCCAGGCGGAGAACGCAGAUAUCAGGAAGAGGCUGGAGAGCGUCCUGAGCAUCAUCCAGCCCAUCCUUCAACUGGCAGCCGCCGCCGAACGGUCGCCCCUCCCCAUCCACCCUCACCAACAGCGCGACGCGCCUGUGCAACCUGCCGAACCACGACCCUUCCACAUUGCCUCGCACGAGCUGUCCACGGCCUCACCCCAGAACGGCGUGCAUUCACCGAGCGUGACCGAGGGAGGAAGAGCUUGGCUGUAUCCUAGCGAUGCGCCAAACAGCCACCUGCGCCGCUACUCCAACGGCAGCCCCGGUCCCCAUUUCGAGCAGUCGCGAACCCCCCAUCUGCAGGCUGACAUGCCCUUCGACGAACGUCUGGGCGUGGAUUUUAUCCUCGACAACGGGCAAAGGAGAGCUGUCGAUCCGAACCUGCCUCCACCGCAGCAGCCGCGACCCAGCAAUGUGAGCAGCAGCCAGCAUGCCAUGUAUGCGCCGAGCAUGGUUGCCCACCUCACACUCCCAAGAAACCUUGCCGCAACAUGUCCCCUGGAUGUCAUAUUGCUCGACUUCCUCCAAGAUCGGCAAAAUCGCGCUGCCGAGGGUGUGCCCAUGAAGACACUAGUCGGACCCCAGUACCCAAACUUCACCUCACUGGCGUAUCCCGACCGUGUAGUUGAUGCCCAUCCGCUGUCGAAGCUGUUCACCGACAUUCUACGCACAUUUCCAGACAUCUGUGGUAGGCCAGAGCAGGUUGCCAUAGUCUUCAUCAUGUUCCUGGUCAUGCGCUGGCAGAUUGAACCCACGCAGGAAAACUAUGAUCGGUUGCCGCACUGGGUCACGCCGCGACCUUCUCAGCUCUUCACUGCCCACGCUUUGUGGAUUGAUCAUCUUCCAUGGCCUCGCCUUCGCGACAGACUCGUCACUAGCCAGCCGCCCGUAUCUUUCGAGAACUUCUUCAUUCCCUUCACAACUACCAUCUCGCUGAAUUGGCCUUAUGAGCCUCGCGACUGUCUCCUCCCGGCCUCAAAAGUUCACACCCACACCCUCUCGACAACCUCGUCCGUAUCCGUGUCCUCGCCUUUCUCCACACAUGUAAACGCCGGCUCACCGCAAGACCCUUCGACCCCACAGCCCCCUGCUGCGAACAAGUCCGCCGGUAUUACAUCCAUAGGCCCACUGCCCAAGGAAGACGAUCAAUGGCUCAUCAACCCGGCUUUCGAAACGCACCUCCGUGAUUUGAACAACUGGACACUGGGCCCAAGCUUCAGAGGCAACUUUCCCGCAUUUGCUGAUUGCGUCAAGAUCAAAGAGGGAAGCAACGAUGCCAACUCAUCAGACCAACUGCCCCGAAUUAUUCGACCUUCCCUCGCCGCAGCUGAUACUCCUUCAAACAUACCCAGUAUUUACACCAUACGUCUUUUCAGUAUGGCUAUUCCUACACCGAUCCGCGACCCUCUGCUGCAGCACAUGUUCGCAUAUCUGAACCCUCGCCGCGAUAAACUUCCCUCCCAUAUCGUUGAGACCAUCGCUGGAAAUCUCACAUUUCUGGUGAAAUACACUGCCGGUCCUAGUGUCCGCGCUUCCCAGAUCUCAAUUUCCGUGAUCGACGUUCGUGGACCCAACAACAGUGAAGUCGGCCACAAGGCCACAGUCUGUAUUCACGACGGCCCGGGCAAGUUUACAGUCGUGAUGUGGAAGCAGGUAAAUUGGGGUCAAAAUGUCGUCAUCGGACUAGGAGAGAAAGUGGACAAGGCUAUCAAAGAUAUCCUGGCGAAGGAAGGAAAUGACGGAUAUGGAAGAAAAGAAGGUAUGGGAGAAGACGUAGAAGCUCAUCUGAAAAGCUUCAAGGCCGUGUACCGACAACGAGCACUCUCUUCAAACCUCGAGCCGCAACCGCAUUGCCCGAUGGCUGCGCCUCAGCCCGCAAGUGCGCUCGAACAGCGCAUCUACGACCUCUUACGUCCCUUCCGCAACGAGUGUUAUGAAGAAAUCGAUCUUGUAGACCAGGUCGGAGCGAUCAAUCGAGCAAUUAAGCUUGAGAGUAUUGCCAUCGUUCUAGCUCAAAAUAUCGCCUUCCUCGCGCACAAUCAUAUUGCGAACACCAAGAACAACAUCAGUACCUCCGAUAUCUUUGUGGUUACAAGAGGCUGGGCAGGAGAUGGAGUGGGUACGACUGACGGUGCCAUCGCUGUUUUGGUGCGUUAUCCGGAAGGGUUUAUGGGUGUUGUCAAGGCUACAUUCGAGGCCGAGACAACUAUCGUCGAUGCAUUGUGUACCAAAGUUGACAAGAUGAUUGCUGAGAACUUCUGA